UUUCUGGCUUGUUUUGCAUGCUCCUUUUAACGUAUGUCAGAAACAGUAAACUUUUCUACAGCUGUGUCAUAAAACAGCGGCAUGGACUUUGUCUUUUAGACUCAUAACAGAAGCCAUGAUCUUAGGAAAUCAGAUCUGUUUUAGGCUUUUCCAGGAGUGACGAUAUACAGUAGCAGUGAUGUAGUUGUAGCGAGUUUAUACCAUGAUCGUGUAGACAUGCCUGUGCUCCUCCCACUGCCAGCAGAGUACCUGUCCUUAGCAGUGACUUUUCUGCUCAGGUUUGGUGUGGAGAGUCUGCCUCUACUUUCUUUUUCUGCUCCCUGUUCAUGGGAAGCUUUACAUCUGGGGUCAUGGCAAUGAGGUGACGGAGGAAGGAGGAAGUUCCGUUAAAACUGUUAAAAUGGUUCAGUCAGGAAAUAUGAAACAGAAGAGUGAAGAAUGUGCGUUUUCAGACCUCCAGGAUGCAGCAGACAUGAAGCUGGUUCCAAUAUCACCUGGGAACUCAGACAAAGAGUCCCCCACAAUGGUUCUUGCUGUAUCCCACCCCUCACGGCUGAAGUAUCUAUCCUUGGGUGUGCUGGUGCUGCAGACCACAUCAUUGGUGCUCACCAUGCGCUACUCCCGGACCCUGAAGGAAGAUGGUCCCCGCUAUCUGGCAUCCUCUGCUGUGGUGUCCGCUGAGAUCCUUAAAAUCUUCACCUGUACCCUCCUUGUCUUUGUGGAAAACAAUUACAAUUUGCGGGCGAUGAACCUGUUGCUGAAGGACGAGAUCAUGAACAAGCCUGUGGAGACCAUGAAGUUAGCCGUGCCUGCAGGGAUCUACACACUCCAAAACAAUCUGCUCUAUGUUGCCCUGUCUAACUUGGAUGCAGCCACCUAUCAGGUCACUUAUCAGCUGAAGAUCCUCACCACGGCGCUGUUCUCAGUCUCCAUGCUUGGAAAGAAGUUAGGUCUGUACCAGUGGCUCUCCCUACUGCUCCUCAUGGCUGGAGUCACUCUGGUGCAGUGGCCCACUGAGUCCACAGAAGAGCAUAAGGUACUAACUGUGGGCUCCCAGUUUGUGGGAAUGGUGGCUGUGCUAAUCGCCUGCAUAUCCAGUGGUUUUGCUGGGGUUUACUUUGAGAAGAUCCUAAAGGAGACAAAGCAAAGUGUGUGGGUCCGUAACAUACAACUGGGUUUGUUCAGCUUUGUGUUCGGCUUUUUAGGAAUGAUGGUGUACGACGGCCAGAUCGUGAGAGAGUCUGGGAUGUUUCAAGGCUACAGUGCCAUUACCUGGAUAGUUGUUGUCCUGCAGGCUGUGGGCGGACUGAUCAUUGCUGUGGUGAUUAAGUAUGCAGACAACAUCCUCAAAGGAUUUGCCACCUCUGUGUCAAUCAUCGUGUCCACACUCUUCUCAUAUUUCCUCCUGAACGACUUUAACCCCACAGGGUUGUUUUUCUUGGGAGCAGUGCUGGUGAUUGCUGCCACAUUUCUUUACAGCUACGAGGGCAAAGCUGCCAGCAGCGCCAUCAAAGUGUAGUCAGAGAGCUGUGCUGG